GAAGUUUGAUAAAAUAAAAACAAAACUGGGGAAUAUAUGAACAGUUUGAUUGAGGGGUCAUCAGAAAGAUCUGCCUCAUCCGAUCCUUUCGCUGCCUUACUUCAUCUUGUGAACUUGCGACUCGUGGGUAUUUCGCCAAUCCAGAUUUCUAUAUAUCUGUUUCUACGCUUUCGGUCCUUUCAAAGGCGAUCUUUCACAUUUUGCUCGCCAACUCUUCUUCAUCUUGAUCUUCCACCGUUCGGCAGUAAAUCCAGAGUUUGGAACUUCGUGCCACACAGAACCUCUUUGGUGUCUUCGAUUCUGCUUCGGCCUCGUUACUCCAAUUGCCAUCCAAGUUAUAGCCAUCAGUUGAAAACAUGGAGCUGAAUUCAAUUAAAGAUGCGUUUGACCGUGUUACAAAGAAACAAAAGUUGUCUGCUUCAAAAUCACAAGAAGUUGUCGAUCAGAUCAUCCAGGAAAUAGAACAAACCUUGUCAAAGCUCACAACCUCCGAAGAUCCCAUGUCUCAAACCAACUCCACAAUCCUAACCGAGCUAAAAGCAAAGUUGAACGGGAUUUCUCCUCUCUCCAAUCUCGAAAGCACCCAGAAGGAACUCAACAUCGCUCUAACCAAAUACCCAAAACUCUUAGAGAAGUCAUUCAAUCCCGACAUAUCAAAGGCUUACAGAAACAUAGACUUCAACUCCCACUUAGUUAACCAGAUAAUUGCAAGCCAUUUCUACCGAGAAGGCCUAUUUGAACUAGGCGACUUCUUCAUAAGUGAGGCUGGUGAAACUGAAGAAGAAGCCGCUUCUCUAAGAACCCCUUUCCUUGAAAUGUCUAGAAUCCUUGAAUCCAUGAAGAAUCGCGAACUGGGUCCCGCACUUUCCUGGGCCGCUGCCAAUCGUGACAAAUUAAAGCAAAACGGUUCCGAUCUCGAACUGAAACUUCACCGUCUACAGUUCAUCGAGAUUCUACAGAACAGCGGAAGAGACGAGGGUCUUAAAUACGUGAGAACCUUUCUCGUUCCAUUUGCAACCGAGCAUAUGGAGGAAAUUCAGAGGCUCACGGCGUGUGUUUUAUGGGCAGGACGAUUAGAGAAAUCCCCAUAUUCGGAGUUACUAUCCGAACAUUGCGAAAACUUUGCUGACGAACUGACGAGGCAAUACUGUAACAUACUCGGUCAGUCUUGUAAGAGUCCAUUGAGUGCGACGGUUAUGGCAGGUAUUCAAGGUUUGCCAACUUUGUUAAAGCUGAUGAACGUGAUGAUGGGGAAGAAACAGGAAUGGCUUACGAUGAAACAACUGCCAGUUCCUUUGGAUUUGGAUAGGGAAUUUCAGUUUCAUUCGGUUUUUGUUUGUCCAGUUAGUCGCGAACAAGCGAGUGAAGAGAAUCCUCCUAUGUUGCUGUCGUGCGGGCAUGUUUUGUGUAAGCAGUCUAUUACUAAGUUGUCGAAGAAUAACAGUACACGACCGUUUAAGUGCCCUUACUGCCCGUCUGAAGUUGAAGCUGCAAAUUGUAGACAAUUGUACUUUUGAUGUUCAUGUUUUUUUUUUUUUUUAAGUUAUUGUUAGUGGAUAUGUGUUUUCCGUCAUUUGUUAUCUUAAGUAUUUCGUUAUGGACUUAAUCGAUUAUGUUACUGUUUUGUGUGUCGUUCUUGCGUUAAUGGAUUUCUGUGUAAAUAGUAAUUUAUUUUCAAAUCCUGUAAGCUUUCAAUCUAGAAUCUCAUAUAUGAUUUAUCUGUCAAACUUAUAUAGCAAUGAUU